AUGAUCGACCUUGUCGGUUCUCAUAUUGCAUCUAUUCAAAAGUUGGAAAUGCAAAUGACAGACCUCUCAAGAGAGCAAAAUCCGAAGCAAAAGGGCACACUCCCAAGUGACACAAUUGCAAACCCAAAAGGUAGUGGGGGUAGUCCAACUUCUCAUUGUAUGGCAAUCACAACUUGGAGUGGGAAAAUACUUCAAGGAGAGAAUGGACAAGUGGUCGAAGUGGAAGAUUCCAAACAAGAAGUUGAGGCACAAGUUGAGGUCCCAGUUGUUGUUGAAGCUAAAAAGGUCCCAGAAGAGGUGAAAAUUCAAGAAGUGAACCGGGAAGAGGUUAAAAAAAAGGUGAAAGAGACACCAAAAACUCUAGCACCAUUUCCUAGGCCUCCUCCCCCUUUUCCUCAAAGACUUGCUAGGAAGGUUGAUGAUAGCAAACUCGAGAAGUUCUAUGACAUUCUCAAGAAAUUAUCGGUGAAUAUUCCAUUUGUGAAAGCAUUUCAAGAGAUGCCGGGUUUUGCUAAGUAUUUGAAAGACUUGAUCACCAAGAAGAAAACCACCAAAAAUGAAGUGGUGAAUGUGACUCACCGGGUUAGUUCCAUCAUUGUAACAACCACCAUUCAAAAGAAAGGAGAGCCGGGAGAUUUUACCAUUCCAUGUAAUAUUGGGGCGCGCGAUUUUGCAAGAGCUCUUUGUGAUAAUGGGGAUAGCAUUAAUUUAAUGCCUCUUGCUAUUUACAAGCAAGCGGGGUUAGGUAUGUCGAGGCCUACAAGUAUGAGGUUGCAAAUGGCCGAUCGUUCAAUAAAGAGACCGGUGGGGAUUAUUGAUGAUGUUCUUGUGAAAGUGGGAAAGUUCCUCCUCCCCACCGACUUUGUGAUACUUGAUUGUGCUGUUGACAAAGAAAUCCCUAUAAUCUUGGGGAGACCAUUUCUUGCUAUCGGAGGAGCACUUAUGGAUUCAGAACAAAAUGAGAUCAAGUUCCGAGUUAAUGACGAAGAGGUUACCUUUCAACCGAGCAAGGGUAUGAAGUUGCCACAUGCAUAUGAAAACAUCUUAGUCAUUGAUGUUGUUGAUGAUGUAGAAGACGCAAUCGAGAUGAAGAUGGAAGAACAAUGCCUUGGUGGAACAACUGUUGAAUGUCUUGAAGGAGCACAUGCAAGAUAUUGGGUGGACAAUAGCGUACAUCCGAGGGAUUUUCGCCGGGAUUUGUGA